CUUGGGCGUUUCUGGAGCGCCCACGGGCACUGGGUUUGCAGCUCCAUGGGGCCGCGGGCCCGCACGUGAGCACCGCGGGCACGGCCAUGGCUGAGGGCAGCGAGCUGAUGAAGAGGCUCAUGAGCGAGAACGCGGACCUCAAGAAGCAGGUGCGCCUCCUGAAGGAGAACCAGAUGCUGAAGCGGCUGCUCAGCGAGAGCUGCCAGGAGCCCUGUGGGCGCGGGAGCCGUGAGCUGCUCUUCCCCAAGGCGCCCGCCUACCCCGAGGCCUGCUCCCCCGGGAGCACAGGGCCGGACUUCGGACGGUUCCCCGGCGUCCCGGAGGCGCCCUCGCAGCUGCAGGCCUCCUCCCUGGAGGACCUGCUGUGCUCGCACGGCCCGCUCUCCGGCGAGGACGACGCCUCCCCGGGCUGCGCCGCCGCCGCCGCCCAGGCGCCCUUCAAGGCCUUCCUCAGCGCCCCCGAGCUGCGCGCGCCCCGCGCCUCCGACGGGAAGCCGUCCCCGCUGCUGAGCCCCCUGCACGACCCGCUGGCGGACAAGACCCUGCUGGAGCCCAGGGAGGUGGGCCGGCCCAAGAAGGUGUGCUUCUCGGAGUGCAGCCUGCCCUCGGGGGACAGGACCCGGAGGAGCUACUACCUGAACGAGAUCCAGAGCUUCACUGGCACAGAGAAGGACGGGCGCAUUGUGGGCGAGAUCGCCUUCCAGCUGGACCGGCGCAUCCUGGCCUACGUCUUCCCAGGGGUGACCCGGCUCUAUGGCUUCACUGUGUCCAACAUCCCUGAGAAGAUCAAGCAGACGUCCAUCAAGUCCCUGGACGGCUCCGUGGACGAGAAGAAGCUGCGGGAGCUGACGCACCGCUACCUGACGCUGACGGCGCGCCUGGAGCGGCUGGGCUACAGCCGCGACGUGCACCCGGCGUUCAGCGAGUUCCUCAUCAACACCUACGGCAUCCUGAAGCAGCGGCCCGACCUGCGCGCCAACCCGCUGCACGGCAGCCCGGCCGCCCUGCGCAAGCUCGUCAUCGACGUCGUGCCCCCCAAGUUCCUGGGCGACUCGCUGCUGCUGCUCAACUGCCUGUGCGAGCUUUCCAAGGAGGACGGCCGCCCGCUCUUCGCCUGGUGACCCCGCCGCCCCGCGCCUCCUGCAAUAAACGCGUGUUGCAA